AGGAACACAGCACUGGGUCAGAAGCAGUCUCCAGCUCCUGGCAGAGUUUUCUUUCUGGAGAGAAGCCGUCAGCAGAAUGGCACAGAAUUUAUCUUGUGAAAAUUGGGUGGCGACAGAGAACAUCUUGAAGAAGUACUACCUCUCUGCAUUUUACGGCAUCGAGUUCAUUUUCGGAAUGCUUGGGAACAUCGCCGUGGUGUUCGGCUACGUCUUCUGCAUGAAGAACUGGAACAGCAGCAAUGUCUAUCUCUUUAACCUUUCCAUCUCUGACUUCGCUUUCCUGUGCACCCUUCCCAUGCUGAUAAAGAGUUACGCCAACGAGAAAUGGACCUAUGGAGAUGUGCUCUGCAUAAGCAACCGAUACGUGCUUCACGCCAACCUCUACACCAGCAUCCUCUUCCUCACUUUCAUUAGCAUAGACCGAUAUCUGCUCAUGAAGUUUCCUUUCCGAGAACACAUUCUCCAAAAGAAGGAAUUUGCCAUUUUAAUCUCUCUGGCUGUCUGGGUCUUAGUGACCUUAGAAGUUCUACCCAUGCUCACGUUCAUCAAUUCUGUCUCAACAGAAAAGGGCACCAGCAGCUGCAUGGACUACGCAAGUUCUGGAAACCCUAAACACAGUCUCAUUUACAGCCUGUGCCUCACUUUGCUGGGUUUCCUCAUUCCUCUCUCUGUGAUGUGCUUCUUCUACUACAAGAUGGUAGUCUUCCUGAAGAGGAGGAGCCAGCAGCAGAUAACUGCCCUGCCACUGGACAAACCUCUACGCCUGGUGGUCCUGGCCGUGGUGAUCUUCUCUAUACUCUUCACACCCUACCAUAUCAUGCGAAACGUGAGGAUCGCCUCGCGCCUAGAGAGUUGGCCGCAGGGAUGUACACAGAAGGCCAUCAAAGUCUUAUACGUCCUAACCAGACCUCUGGCCUUUCUGAAUAGCGCCAUCAACCCCAUCUUCUACUUCCUCAUGGGAGACCAUUUCAGAGAGAUGCUGCUUAGUAAGUUCAGACAAUACUUCAUGUCCCUUAAGUCCUUCAGGACAUGAGCUGAAGCCUUCACUCCGCCAAAUGAGACACUUGACAAACAGUGCUGUGCUGUUGAGUUUUUUUAAUGAAGUAGACCACCAUUUCCAGGAUUUAGCACCCCAUCAUCCUCCAACCCCCAGUGCUGGAGUACAAGUUGGGUACACAUGAAUCAGAAGGCAGCCAUCUGUGCUGAUUUAGGUUGUACCCAGAGUAUGGAAAACAUAAGGCUUGAGAAAGCAUUGACAUCUUCACUUAGGAACUGAACAAAAGAGAACCAAUAUUGUCAAUGUUUGGACACUUAAGAGCGAAAAUCUUGCAAAUUUUAUGGCCUCUUCUGUCAGUGUAAAAGAAAUACAAAAUAGCUAGUUCCAAAAAGUUGGAUACAUUUCAUCAUUGGUCAGGUUGAUAAGCAUGUUUCUGAAAUAAUCUGUUAUUUGUAUUCUUGCAAUGUUAAAAAUUUAUGUGAAAAAUGAAUAGAACUCAAUGUACAAAAUUAUCUAUUAUAUUCAGAAAAUCAGAUUUCUUGAAAAAAUAACUGCAGUGCCUAAAUAAAGCAAUAUGAUUAGUUUCUCUGUA